GAGUGUUCGGAGUGUCCAGGACUUGUUCCCUUUCGGAGAAGUAAAGUAGACCUUUAGUUGUAUCAAGGAAAUCUGCACCCAUGUGUAAGUGUCGCAUUUUCGUCCCCCGUACGGUGUUUCGUUGCAUUUAACAGCCUCCCUCUCCCAUCCACACUCCGCCCUCCCCCCGCCACUAACCUAUCGCUCACCUAUAAGUUGAUGGUUCCCUCUUGCAUUCCCCCCCCCCAAAACCUUUGCCAUAUUUGGACCCACUACUCGAUGAUCCCACUUGCAGUUGUCGCGCCCAUUUUUACUACUGUAUCUUCAACCUUAUUUCUUUGUUCUCGGAUACCCGCACCCUUACUUUCCGAACAGCGAGCGUAAAAGAUUCAAACUGAAGGAUAUUCGGCUAACAAAGACCGGCCUGGUGCCGUAUCGGCGCCAUCGCUGGAACCUUUGGACAGGGUUAUUAAAAAGACGCUUCUCUUUAAUUGCACGCGGUAUUCGGGAGCGGAUGCCUCCAUUUGGAGAUAUUGAAGAAGGCCGUCCUUCUAGACAAAACUCAGAGCGAGGUCCUCUCCUAGAUGGACCGAAUGGAAAUGGCUAUGCCGCUGGCUAUGGUGAUGCAAAUGGCCGUAUAGCGCCACGGAGCCAGGGGCCUAGGAGGGGCGGGUUUGGUUCGCAUGUAUGCUCCAAAACGAAGGCCAUUCUGCUCAGCAACUACGUGAACACCCUUCUCAUCUUCGUGCCCCUCGGCAUCGUGGCGGGCGCCAUGAAAUGGAACUCAACUGCGAUUUUCGUCAUGAACUUCUUGGCCAUUAUUCCUCUCGCGGCCUUGCUGAGCUUUGCUACUGAGGAGCUAGCCCUCAUGGUGGGGGAAACUCUGGGCGGGCUGUUGAAUGCGACAUUUGGAAAUGCGGUAGAAUUGAUUGUUAGUAUUGUCGCACUUACAAAGGGGGAAAUCAGAAUUGUGCAGGCCAGCAUGUUGGGUAGCAUUUUAUCCAAUAUCCUUUUGGUCUUGGGAAUGUGUUUCUUUUUCGGGGGUCUCAAGCACAAGGAACAGAAUUUUAACACCACUGUUGCGUCCACCAUGUCAUCACUUAUGGCGGUCGCAUCAUCGUCCUUGAUCAUUCCUGCAGCGCUCUAUUCGACGCUCGCUGCGCCCAAGGAGGCAUCAUUUAAACUUAUCCUUGACUUGUCCCGUGGCACCUCUGUGGUCCUGUUGAUCCUCUACGUUCUUUACCUAGUUUUCCAACUCGACACUCACGCCUAUCUCUUCGACGCUCAGCACGAAUCCGGCGAGAGCGACGACGACGAGCCGCAGGGGCAGCAGACGGCGCUGCUAUCGGGCGUUGAAUCAGGAGUCGUUUUGGUGGUGGUGACUGUUAUGGUAGCGGUUUGUGCGGAAUACUUGGUUGGCUCUAUAGACGAGAUAGUUGCCAGCUCAGGCAUCAGCAAGACUUUUAUUGGGCUGAUUCUCAUUCCAAUCGUGGGCAAUGCUGCCGAGCACGUUACAGCAGUCGUGGUGGCUAUGAAAAACAAGAUGGAUCUAGCCAUUGGCGUUGCUAUCGGCAGCAGCAUGCAAAUCGCCUUGCUGGUCACCCCGUUUUUAGUCAUCCUUGGGUGGAUUAUCGGGCAGCCCAUGAGCCUGUACUUCCAGACUUUUGAGACAGUAGUGUUCUUUGUGAGCGUGCUCAUAACAAACUAUCUCAUCCAAGACGGUAAAAGCAAUUACCUAGAGGGGGCUAUGCUAUUAGGGAUAUAUACCAUCAUCGCCAUCAGCUUCUUCGUAUACCCGGAUUCAGCCGGUUCACUGGGCGGCGUGCCCGGACAGUCAUGAUUUCGAGAGAGAGAAAAAACCCUGCGAUACUCUUACUCCUACCUACUUGCAACAAAUUUUUUUAAAAAAGGGCAGAAGGUCGUUAUCCACCCCGCCCUGUCAUGACGGCAAGGUCUGAAAUAAAAGGAAAAAGAACACUGGAAACUUGACAAAAAAAAGUGAAAAAAUAAAAGAAAUACGACUUCAUCCGCCUAACCAGCUGAAGAGGUGGAGCUUGCGAAAACAAGAAACAACAAUAUUAUUAUUCAUUUCUUCCCCUUCCUCUAAAGUCGGUUGAAUAAUUGGAACACAAGCGGUCCGCCCAUCCACUUGGCUCUGUCUGGCGGAAGAUGUCCUUAAAGAGCAAUUACUGUUUAUACAUACUAUGCCUAGUCGUUUAUUUAUUCCCUUGCGUUCUUGCAUAUCUCCCCUGUCGCCCUCCCCUCAACUCCACAUCAAAUGUUUGAAAAAGCCCCUUUGUUCCUUUAUUCACUUCUUGUAAACUGUAUUAACAAUUCUCUUUCUCUUUCCUUUCCUUUUUUUGGAAUUUUUUUUUUUUGGAAUUUUUUGUUUCCCUGGGAUCGUUUGUGCGGAGUUGGUCAGUUUAGUUUUUAUAAUCUAGUCUGCGAGUAGUUGUUUAAUAUGAUACGCAUCAUAACCCUCGUAAA